AUGGAGAACAAGAAAGUCGACGACCCUGGUGCCCUGGCCUUGCGGCGUCUGGUCCGAAGCCCAACCGGCAGUCGUCUGGCUCCCAGGCGCUCGUCGACAAGUGCUUCAUGUUCUUCCAGCAGCAGCUGCUCGAAAUCUUCAGUGACUUCGUCAGUCGACGGCGAGAUGCCGACUUCCUGUGUGUUCAUCGUAUGGGCAGCCGUCAAGCGCAAUGCCUGCCCAAAGAUGACUUCCGAAGAGCGGCGGGAGUGUCCCUUGCUGCGCUGCCGCAAGAGGUUCCCCAACCAUGAGCUCAUGCUGCAACACCUGUAUUCCUGCGACCACCUCGCCGGCGGAGAAUACUGGUGCUAUGACUGCGAGAAGCCCGAGCAGCUCAGCGAUGUCAAGUGCAGGCGCUGUCUGGGCCACCCGUCCAAGAGGAGAAAGAUCAUGACCAUGGCCAAGAGCUUCUUCAGCUCGCUGGGCCACAAGCCAAAGUCCCAUAGCCUGGCGCUGGUUGCGUCCAUGGGCAUGGGCUUGGGCGUGGGCGUGGGCGACGGCGGCGGCGGCAGCGCUGGCGGGGGUGAGGACGAGCCCCCAAGCUACGACUAUGUGCUCUUCUCGCCUCCGCCUCCGCCUCCGCAGGCCGAACUCUCCUCGAACGAGAUACAUGAAAUCGGUUCGAGCGAGGUGCUGCUCCCCACUAUCCCGGAGUGUGAGACCGAGACUGAGCCUAUACCCGCCCCUGGGAUGAUCCCCUGUCUCCCCCCAUCCACAUACCCCAUCUCACCACCAGGCUCCCACCCGGGAACCGCGCCGCUGCCGUCGACUAUGGAAGCAGACUUCAUAAAUUGGAGGCCUUCACCACCUUCACCACCUUCCCCCCAGACCGUGGCACCUCAGAGCCUGAUGAAGUCGAGCACGUCGCGGUUGGUCGAUCGUCCAACGCUGCAGGUCAACACCCACCUCGACCAGUUCCGAGGCCAAGGGAGACGACGCAGCAGGGUGCUGGCCCCGAGCUCCUCUGUCCGGUCCACCAGCAGCACCGACAGCACCGACAGCACUGAUAGCACCGCCAGCUACAACAUCUCGCCCAUGUCGGGCUGGUCCAACGGAUGGACAAAGACGUCCGGCUUCGAGUCUGCCUUGACGUCACCUGACGACCUCAUCAGUCCUCAGAGCCUCCUGCCCGUCGGUCCCUUCUCGACCACCACCACUGCUGCUACUGCUACUAAUACUGCUGACGGUACCACCACCUCGACGAGACCAAAACCCUUUAGCAACUUGGAGUUUGAGAACAUGGUGGCCAACUCGUGCCCAUCAGAGCUUCCCGCCGACAUUCCCAUGUUUGACUUGCCCUCCACCAUGGAUCCUCAAAAGACACAGGCGCCCAUGAGCCUGGACCAGGCCGCCUUCUCCUUCAACACUGAUAUUCCUUUCCAGCUCCAAUUGGAACCUCAGCUGCCCUCACCCGAUAGUGUCGACCUUGGCCUUGCGCCGCCGCCGCCGCCACAUCCUGUACCACAGCAAACUACCAGUAACACCGAGCCAAGUCUGAUGCAGAAUACCACCAAUGCCUCCAACCUCACCACCACCGCCACCACCAUCACCACUACCACGCAGUCACUGGCCAGAUCAGUCCAUGACACGCUCCGGAUGCAUGUUGCCGAUUCAAUCAGCAAGUUCGACACCAUUAAUGAAAACCCCAUCUUCAUGCAGCUCAACCAGAUGUCGCUCCCCUCCAUCGCGGCUGUUGGUCUGGAGACCAUGACUGAGAUCCUGGAAGGCCGCCAAGCCUCAUCGCCCCUGAAUCUCGUUUGCUUCGUCCACAUCGUCUUCUCUCUAUCCGUGGUGAUCCAUGAACAAGAUGUCGCCAAGCACUCUGCUGCCCUCUUUAAGCAAGCAUUGCUGUACAGCGAUUGGUUCUCGGACAACGACAAGAUAUCAUUCAUCGAGGUUGUCUAUACACUUUGGAAGCCCAGUCAAGUAAACGAUGACGAGAUUAUUGCACUAUUGAAGUCAAGGUCACCGGUUCCUAGUGCCGGCAUGUCCAAGGGCAAACAGCCCGAACGGUUCCCUCAAUGGUCGAGGCCUGACCCGCUGAUACUGAUUGCGGCCUACUUCCUAGAUGGUACAUAUGCGCACUCAAUCCUCCCGUCCCUUUCCCUCCCUUUGCUCAAGACGCUAAUGUGUGCCUCUGAACUUGCCAUGCAGCACCACAAGGACGGCCUUGGAGCAAGCCACAAUUCGCCGUUCGCCAUUGCAGCCAGGUUCAUGAUUGACAACAUCUUUUCUCAUGAAUACUCUCACUACCCAGGGUUUGAACUCCGCAUGGAAAGACUCAUUGGCCAAAUCAACUCUGGCGAGGUGGGAACGGUCCGUCGCUUGGAGCUAGAGCUGAUGCAGGCCGGAAGGACGUACCUACCUCCCGACGCAUUCUUUGGCGAAUAUGUCGAAGUCGUCCGUCGGCAGACCGAUUCGCUGUACACGCAGAGCCCGUUUUUCAGCUCGCGAUCGACGUACCACCGGUGCGGCAUCCAGCUGCUGAUGAAGGAGUCCAACAGGAACCCAGUCACUGUGGAGGCCGGCGUUGAGUCAUCGGCGCCGUCUUCCGGAGCGCUCAAUGGAAUCGUGGGCGUGAUACCAAACAGCUUCGACAUCGACUUUGGCUCAAUGCUCGACUUUGAUCCGGACCAAGGAUUGGACGACGAUGUUGCCGAACCUGCGGCCAUUGCCGGCGCCCCACUCAUGGGAGCCUCGAGGUGGACACCAGGAGAUGCCGCAUUUGUCACAGUCACAGCAGCAGACGGCACUGCCGCCAUAGCCACGCUUGCAGCGCCUCGGCCUAUGGACGCUGAUGCGCUGCUGCUGGGGGAAGACGAUGCGCUGAUAUCCCCGAUUGCAUCGACGCCCAACAAGGCAGAGGCAUCGGUAUCGGCAUCGGCAUCGGCAUCGUCGACCAAGGUGGAAUCCGACAGCUGCUGCAAGAUUUGCGGCUAUCGACCCAAGGGCGACCCCCGGUGGUUCAUGGGCAGCAUGGCCAAGCACAUGAGGACGAUACACAGCGAGAACCCCCAAACCUUCCGAUGCCCUUACCCGGGCUGCACGAGCCAGUACAGCAAGCGCGCGGACAACCUACGGCAGCACCAGAUUGAAAAGAACCACUUUGUGGACGACGAGGAGAAGCAAGGGCGGCGACCGCGCAAACGGAAGCGUCCGUCAGACGGCGGCGGCGGCGGCGGCGGCGAAUGA